GGAAAUUCAAUAAUUUUCCUCUUUUCUCGUACCCCUCCACUUCGUCUAGGGUUUACCCUCUCUCUCUCUCUAUCCGCCGAUCCUAUACAUACACUUUUUCACAUAUACACACACACAAAGUCUCUCGUCGGCUCAUCUGCUAUUGACUUUCAUUCACCCGCGCAGAGCAAGAAGAAGAAGAAGAAUUGUAGCCAUGUCUCUGAGACCCAACGCCAGGACCGAGGUUCGCCGUAACCGCUACAAAGUGGCGGUGGACGCAGAGGAAGGACGCAGGAGGAGGGAAGACAACAUGGUGGAGAUCCGUAAGACCAAGCGCGAAGAGAGCUUGCUGAAGAAGCGUCGCGAGGGUCUUCAAGCCACGCAGCUGCCUCAAGUCACUUCUGCUGCUUCAUCCGUCGAGAAAAAGUUGGAGAGCUUGCCUUCUAUGGUUGGUGGAGUCUGGUCAGAUGAUAGGAGCUUGCAGCUUGAAGCCACUACUCAGUUCCGUAAAUUGCUUUCUAUAGAGCGUAGUCCUCCGAUAGAAGAGGUGAUUGAUGCUGGUGUUGUGCCAAGGUUUGUGGAGUUUCUCAUGAGGGAGGAUUAUCCACAGCUUCAGUUUGAAGCUGCUUGGGCACUGACGAACAUUGCUUCUGGGACUUCUGAGCAUACGAAGGUUGUCAUUCAACAUGAUGCUGUUCCCAUUUUUGUUCAGCUCCUGGCUUCCCAGAGUGAUGAUGUCCGUGAGCAGGCUGUUUGGGCAUUAGGGAACGUUGCUGGUGAUUCUCCACAGUGCAGAGAUCUUGUACUGAGUAAGGGAGCUUUGUUACCAUUGCUCUCUCAGUUGAAUGAGCAUGCUAAACUCUCCAUGCUCAGAAAUGCUACUUGGACCCUCUCUAAUUUCUGCAGGGGCAAGCCACAGCCUCCUUUUGACCAGGUUCGUCCAGCACUUCCAGCCCUUGAGCGCCUGAUUCAUUCGACUGAUGAGGAAGUGUUAACGGAUGCCUGUUGGGCUCUCUCUUAUCUUUCUGAUGGCACAAAUGACAAAAUCCAAUCUGUCAUCGAGGCAGGUGUUGUUCCUCGACUUGUCGAGCUUCUCCAGCAUCCGUCACCGUCUGUGCUUAUACCCGCUCUUCGUAGUAUUGGUAACAUCGUCACUGGAGACGAUGCGCAGACGCAGUGUGUAAUUAGUCAUGGUGCACUCCUUUGUCUUCUGAGUCUUCUGACUCAGAAUCAUAAGAAGAGCAUUAAAAAGGAAGCAUGCUGGACAAUCUCAAACAUCACUGCUGGAAACAGGGACCAGAUUCAGGCUGUAUGUGAAGCUGGUUUGAUCGGCCCUCUCAUCAAUCUGCUUCAAAAUGCUGAGUUCGAUAUAAAGAAAGAAGCUGCAUGGGCAGUCUCAAAUGCCACUUCGGGCGGUUCUGCUGACCAGAUCAAGUACAUGGUGGAUCAGGGAGUCGUGAAACCACUGUGCGAUCUUUUGGUAUGCCCGGAUCCAAGGAUUAUCACCGUGUGUCUAGAAGGACUAGAGAACAUUCUGAAAGUCGGGGAAGCUGAGAAGGUGACGGGAAACACAGGGGAUGCAAACUAUUAUGCACAGCUAAUCGAUGAUGCUGAGGGACUAGAGAAGAUUGAGAAUCUGCAGAGUCAUGACAACAGCGAGAUAUAUGAGAAGGCAGUGAAGAUUCUUGAAACAUACUGGUUGGAGGAGGAAGACGAGACUUUACCACCGGGUGAUGAAUCUGCUCAGGGAUUCCAGUUUGGGGGUAGCGAUGCAGCCGCACCUCCAGGUGGAUUCAACUUCAAGUGAAGGAGCUAAGCAUGAUGAUUGAAGAGUCAAAGGAGGUCAAGAGUCUUGGGGGCACUGGUUUUAAAUGGGGUCUGAUUUGAGUCUGGUCUUGUGUUUAAAAGUCAGAUGGGGGUGCCUUGGUCGGUCCUGAUCUUGUCUGGUCAGAUGGUGGGAUUGAGUCAUAAAAUAAGCUUUGUUGGGGGAGUUGGGUAGGAGUCAAUGAGAGGGGGAAUAUUUUAUGAACUCUAAAUGGGAAAAUUUGGGUGGUCUAGUUAUGUUGUUUGGUGAGUCUCUGGGGGCUUUGUUAUAUUAGUUACUACACAACAGUCAUUGCAAAGUCAAAAAACAUAAAAAAGUUGGUCAAACAUUUUCUGGUCUUAUUGGUGGUGGCAAAGAAAGCCCACUUGGUGCGUCUCUUUAUUUUGUUAAUAUUUUUUUAUCUAUCUGUUUUCCUGUGCGGUCCAAGUCAUGUUGGGCUAUUGUUGUCUACAUAUGCACGCUUUUCUAUAUAUUAUAUAUUACUAAUGUCUUUUCUUUUCAAAGUAUUAUGUCCCAUAAAUCGAUGUUAUUAAUGCUUA